UCAGUCUCUGUUCAGAAAGUCUCCGUCCUCCUUGAUGAAUCGGUGCAGCCAUUAAUGCAGCCAAGUAAAAUCCAUGUCCUCCUCUUGGUACUCCACGGAGGGAACAUCCUGGACUCAGGAAGUGGUGACCAGAGCUCUAAGCAAGGGGACGUCAACACCAUCACGACGGUGUUUGACACGGUGAUGAGGGUGCACUACCCAGCUGCUCUCGGGCACAUUGCCAUCAGGCUAGUCCCGUGCCCAGCCAUCUGCUCUGAAGCGUUUUCACUGGUCUCCAGCCUCAGCCCAUACAGUUAUGACGAAGGCUGCCUGUCCAACAGCCAGGAUCACAUUCCCCUUGCUGCACUCCCUCUGCUAGCAACAUCAUCCCCACAGUACCAAGAAGCAGUAGCUGCGGUCAUCGUCAGAGCCAACCAGGCCUACAGCGAGUUCAUCAGGUCCCAGGAGGGCUUGUCUUUCAACGGGCAGGUCUGCUUGGUAGGGGACUGUGUUGGAGGAAUUCUAGGAUUUGAUGCCUUGUGCUACAGCAACCAGACUGUGUCCGAGAGCCAGAACAGCAGUCGGCGAGGAAGCGUUGUGAGUGUCCAGGAUACCGACCUCCUGUCUCCUGGAAUAACCGUGAACAACAGCUAUUGUUCCAGUGGCUCUAAUCUGGAAGCCAGCAGACACCUCAGCAGGAGCAACAUUGAUAUUCCCCGUAGCAACGGAGAAGAUCCAAAGAAGCAGCUGCCACGAAAAAGGAGUGAUUCAUCAACCUAUGAACUGGACACGAUAAAGCAGCAUCAGGCCUUUCUUUCAAGUUUACAUUCUAGUGUGCUGAGAAAUGACCCAGGAUCCAGGCGAUCUAGUAGCUCUACUAUGUUGGAUGGAGGAAAUAUUGGAAAGUUUGACUUUGAGAUCACUGACUUCUUCCUCUUUGGUUCUCCCUUGGGUCUGGUUCUUGCGCUGCGAAAAACUGUCAUUCCAGCUCUUGACGUCUUUCAGCUCAGACCAGCUUGUCAGCAGGUCUAUAACCUGUUCCACCCUGCAGACCCAUCUGCUUCACGCCUCGAGCCUCUUCUGGAGAGGAAGUUCUACCUUUUGCCCCCCUUUAAUAUUCCCCGUUACCAGAGGUUCCCGCUGGGUGAUGGCAAUUCUGCUGUUCUGGUUGAGACAAUCCAGAACAAUCCCAUCCUCCUCAUGGAAAGUAGCCCUCUGGGUGCUCUCCAGCACCAGGACAGCUUCAUGGAAACAAGUAUCCCCGUUCCCGUACUGAAUUGGCAAGAUGUUUCCAAUAAAAGUGCUGGUUUUGCUGAGUCAGAUGUUGUUCAGUCUCAUGGUGCCGUCUUCAUGGAAAGCACGUCCCUGUCCACCCCCAUUUCAGCCCCUCAGUUCAGGGGCUUCCGGAGAGCCAGUGAGAUCAGCAUUGCCAGCCAGGUCUCAGGAAUGGCAGACAGUUACACUGCUUCCAACAUAGCCAACAUUGCUGCCAAGUGGUGGGGAACCAAAAGGAUCGACUACGCGCUCUACUGUCCCGACGCCCUGACGGCUUUCCCGACCGUCGCCUUGCCGCACCUCUUCCAUGCCAGCUACUGGAGACAGGUCCAAGUGGCUGAUGUCUCCAUGGGCUCUGUCCUCCCACAGGUGAUGAGGCACGAGAACGCGAGCGUUCUGGAGCUGGAUGGGAAGGAGGUGUCCGUCUUCACCCCCUCCAAGCCCCGCGAGAAGUGGCUCCGCAAGAGGACGCACGUGAAGCUCCGGAACGUCACAGCCAACCACCGGAUAAAUGACACCAUUGCUAACGAGGAUGGGCCCCAGACCUUAACGGGAAGAUUUAUGUACGGUCCGUUAGAUAUGGUCACGCUCACGGGCGAGAAGGUGGACAUUCACAUCAUGACCCAGCCGCCCUCCGGGGAGUGGGUUUACUUCGACACGGAGAUCAGCAACAGCAGCGGCAGGAUUUCCUACGUCAUCCCUGAGAACCGGCGCCUUGGCAUCGGCGUGUACCCCGUGAAGAUGGUGGUCAGGGGCGACCACACGUAUGCAGACAGCUACAUCACGGUCCUGCCGAAGGGGACGGAGUUCGUGGUGUUCAGCAUCGACGGCUCCUUUGCAGCCAGCGUCUCCAUCAUGGGCAGCGACCCCAAAGUCCGGGCCGGAGCGGUCGACGUCGUAAGGCACUGGCAAGACCUCGGCUACCUCAUUAUCUACGUCACGGGCCGCCCCGAUAUGCAGAAGCAGAGGGUGGUAGCGUGGUUAGCACAGCACAACUUCCCCCACGGGAUCGUCUCCUUCUGCGAUGGGCUCGUUCACGACCCGCUGCGGCACAAGGCCAACUUCCUGAAAUCCCUUAUCACCGAGCUCCACAUGAGGAUCCACGCGGCAUACGGAUCCACCAAGGACAUCUCCGUGUACAGCUCCAUCAGCCUCCCGCCCACGCACAUCUACAUCGUCGGCCGACCCACCAAGAAGCUGCAGAGCCAGUGCCAGUUCAUCACGGAGGGGUACGCGGCCCACCUGGCCCAGCUGGAGUACAACCACCGCUCGCGGCCCGCCAAGAACACCACGCGCAUGGCGCUGCGGAAAGGCAGCUUUGGGCUGCCCAGCCAGACCGAGUUCCUGCGCAAGAGGAAUCACCUGCUGCGGACCAUCUCCUCCCAGCCUUUGGCCACCGGCAGCAGCACCGGCCACCGCCCCGAGCGCACCCAGAGCCAGUCCGACAGCGACAAGGAGAGGGACAGGGAACGCAGCCAAAGAAGCAUGAGCAUCGCCACGGGGUGCUGGGGCCGGAGCGCGGCAUCCCGGCUGGAGUCUGGCCUCCUGGGGCAGAAGUAG